AUGCUAGACUCAGAGUCGCAUUAUGCUACACGUAGACGAAAGCAUCUAGGACUUAUCAAUACACUUCGCGCCCUCGGCGCGCAAGCGGACCUGGACCUCCCUCGAAUUGCAGUUAUUGGGAAUCAGAGUGCGGGAAAAUCCAGCCUGGUAGAAGCAAUCUCAGGGGUUAGUUCUUCACGCGUUACACCAGAGGCCGACUCACAAUGUCGCAUGGCCGAAUCUUCAAACCCGUGGAUAUGCCGCGUUUCAAUCCGGUGGGAGUUUCACGACAACGGCAGGCGGCGGGAUAAGGUGGAAGAGCAAGCAUUUGGUAAAGAGAUCACCAACCCACGAGACGUUGAGGUCGCUCUCCGCCGGGCACAAGCUGCGGUACUUAAUCCAUCUAUAGAGCCAAAAAGUUUCUUGGACAUGACAGAACCAAUGCUAAAGCAACGCCUUCCGAAAAAUGAGCUGUUGUUCUCCCGAAACGCAGUCUGUGUCGACCUUUCUGGGCCUGGAUUAGUAGACCUCGCAUUCCUGGAUCUUCCAGGUAUCAUACAAAAUGCCGAUCCAGAGAUCGUUGGGCUGGUAGAGGGCCUCGUUCUUUCUCAUAUUCAGGGCAACUGCCUCAUCCUAGUAACUCUGCCCAUGAGCGACGACAUCGAGAACCAGAAGGCAAUGAGCCUCGCAAGGCAAGUCGACCCCAGUGGCUCUCGAACCAUUGGUGUUUUGACCAAACCUGAUACGCUGACAUCUGGUGCUACCCGGUCAAAGGAGUUAUGGCUCGAUGUCAUUGAGGGCCGGGACGUCAAGUUCCCGCUCAAACUCGGUUACUACUGCACUCGCCAACCUGAUGAAGACGAGCGCCGAGCUGGAAUUACCACCGCUCAAGCCCGCCAGGCUGAGGCCGACUUCUUCGCUCGUACUUUACCAUGGUCGGCCUCGACUUACCAGCCGCACUUCGGGACACGUAAUCUGGUUUCGCACUUAAGCAAGUUGCUGACCAAGGUCAUCGACGAGAGCCUCCCGAAGAUUGCGAGCGAGACAGCACGGCAGCUUCAAGAGUGCUCUUCGCGCCUGGAUUUGCUGCCGCAGCCCAUAUCCGAGCCGAGCUCCUUCGUUUUGACGCUCUUGACGCGCUUUUGCCUACAGGUCAACUUGUUCGUCGAGGGCUCUCUCGACGCUGCCAGCUUAGUCCAGGACAGCCGAGGCGCAUACGCCAAAUACAAGAUGAACAUACGGUCGACAGCACCGAAAUUCUUGCCGUACACAAACCGUGUUGUAGCGCAAUCAGAACUUGAUUUUGGGAACGCGGCGAGAUUCAUUCGACUGGAUGACGACGACGGCGCAACUGGCUCUGGUGUAGCCUACCUCUAUUUGGAUGAUGUUAGGAGUCGGAUUAAUCAGGCUGUGACAAGAGAGCUGCCAAAUAACAUACCUUAUGUUGCCAAGAUUUCGUUCAUCAAAGAAUUCCAGCGCGAUUGGGCAACACACACACGGCGUGUCGUGGAUUCUGUUCAUCAGACGUUGCAGCGGACGGUCCUUCGUCUCGUGCAGGAUGCAUUCGGGCCGUACAACCAUCUUGAGCCCAAGGUUCGACGUGCCGUGGAGGACCUCAUACGCUCCAAAUUACAAUCAGUGUCUUCCCAGGUGCUCAGGGUUCUCCGCUACGAGACGACCCCGUUCACCCAGAACGACCACUACCUCUCUGCUUCUAAGGACGAGUUCCUCGCGCAGUACAAGAGUGCGCGGCAAAAUGCCAAGACAGAUCCUAAGGCCAGAGAGCGCAAGCGGGAAGAGGCGACAAUAUUGGCCAGCCUUGCCAAGCUCGGGUAUCAAGGUCUGACAGUAGCCGAUUUUGGAAAGCUCGUACCCCCAGACGAGUAUGAAAAGGAGUUGGAGGUCAUGGCCGAGGUACGCGCGUACUUCAAGGUCGCUUACAAGCGCAUCAUCGAUUAUGUUCCGCUGGUCAUUGACCAUGAGUUCUUGCGCGCGUUUGCGAACGAGCUUCAGGAGCACCUGAUCAAGUGGCUCGGCCUCGGCGCGAUAGACGCAGGUGCGAAGUGUGCGGCAUACCUGGAGGAAGACCCGUUCGUCGUUUCGACUCGCGAGGAGCUCGCCGGCCGAAAACAGAGGCUGGAGAAUGUACAAAACGAGCUAGCGGAAUUUGGAUUGUAG